AUGCGUCGCGCCACCGGCUGCCCGCUGAGCCAGAUCUGCAUCCCCCCUCCGGCCGUGCUGGUGAGGAGCUUCCCGGUGAGCUCCAGCCUGGAUCCCUGCGGCACCACCGGCACCUUCCCGGGCCUCCCUCGCCGCCGCAGCCCCUGCUGCUACCCCGGCACCACCACCUACGUCAGCCUGGGCAGCCUGGGCAGCCUGGCCCAGGCCACCAAGCCCUGCGGCCUCGUGGCCACCUUGAGUGGCCCCCCGUGUGAGCAGGACGUGGUUGGGUGCUCCACGAGGUUCUGCAGGAACCCCUGCUGCUGCUGCCGGGUGACCGAGAGCUGCAGCAGGAGCCGGGACUGCUGCCAGGAGGUGGCCAAGUGCUCCACGGGCAUGUGCCAGGAUCUGUGCUGCCAGGAGGUCACCAAGUGUGUCACAACGUGUCAGGAUCCGUGCUGCCAGGAGGUCACCAAGUGCACCACCACAUGUCAGGAUCCCUGUUAUAAGGAGGUCACCACGUGCACCACCACAUGCCAAGAUCCGUGCUGUCAAGAGGUCACCACAUGCACAACGACGUGUCAGGAUCCGUGCUGCCAGGAGGUCACCAAGUGUGUUACCACGUGUCAAGAUCCAUGUUAUAAGGAGGUCACCAAGUGCACCACCACGUGUCAAGAUCCAUGCUGUCAAGAAGUGACCAAGUGUGUCACCACAUGCCAGGAUCCCUGCUGCCAGGAGGUCACCAAGUGUGUCACCACGUGUCAGAAUCCAUGUUAUAAGGAGGUCACCACGUGCACAACGACGUGUCAGGAUCCGUGUUAUAAGGAGGUCACCAAGUGUGUCACCACGUGUCAGGAUCCGUGUUGUAAGGAGGUCACCACAUGCACCACAACAUGCCAGGAUCCGUGUUGUAAGGAGGUGACCACAUGCACCACAACAUGCCAAGAUCCCUGCUGUAAGGAGGUCACCAAGUGUGUCACCACGUGCCAAGAUCCGUGUUGCAAAGAAGUGACCAGGUGCACCACCACGUGUGUGGAUCCCUGCUGCCAGGAGGUCACCAAGUGUGUCACCACAUGUCAGGAUCCCUGUUGUAAGGAGGUCACCAAAUGCGUCACCACGUGCCAAGAUCCCUGCUCCAAGGAGGUGACCACGUGCACCACAACAUGUAAGGAGGUCGCCAAGUACACAACCACGUGCCAGGAUCCGUGUUGUCGGGAGGUCACCAAGUGUGUCACCACAUGCCAGGAUCCCUGCUGCAAGGAGGUGACCACAUGCGCCACCACAUGUGUGGAUCCGUGUUGCAAGGAGGUCACCAAGUGUGUCACCACGUGCCAAGAUCCGUGUUGCAAGGAAGUGACCACAUGUACCACGUGUGUGGACCCGUGCUGCCAGGAGGUCUCCAAGUGUGUCACCAGGUGUGUGGAUCCCUGCUGCCAGGAAGUCACCAGGUGUGUCACCACGUGUGUGGAUCCCUGCUGCCAGGAGGUCACCAAGUGUGUCACCAGAUGUGUGGAUCCGUGUUGCAAGGAGGUCACCAAGUGCACCACCAGAUGUGUUGACCCAUGCUGCCAGGAGGUCACCAAGCGCAUCACCACAUGUGUUGAUCCCUGCUGCCAGGGGGUGGCCAGGUGCCAAGAUCCCUGCUGUGCCACCAGAUGUGCCACCAGGUGUGUGGACCCCUGCUGCCAGGGAGUGACCUCGUGCCAAAGUUCUUGCUGCCAGGGAGUGACCACCUGCCAAAACCCCUGCUGCCAGGGAGUGACCACCUGCACCACCACCUGCCAGGACCCCUGCUGCCAGGGAGUGACCACCUGUGCCACCACUUGCCAAGAUUCCUGCUGCCAGGGAGUGACCACCUGCCAAAACCCCUGCAGCCAGAGAGUGACCACCUGCGCCACCACCUGCCAGGACCCCUGCUGCCAGGGAGUGACCUCGUGCCAAAGUUCUUGCUGCCAGGGAGUGACCACCUGCACCACCACCUGCCAGGACCCUUGCUACCAGGGAGUGACCACCUGCACCACCAGCUGCCAGGACCCUUGCUGCCAGGGAGUGACCACCUGCCAAAACCCCUGCGGCCAGAGAGUGACCACCUGCGCCACCACUUGCCAAGAUUCCUGCUGCCAGGGAGUGACCAGGUGCCAAAGCUCCUGCUGCCAAGGAGUGACCACCUGCCAAGGUUCCUGCUGCCAAGGAGUGACCACCUGCCAAAACCCCUGCUGCCAAGGAGCGACCACCUGUCAGGACCCUUGCUGCCAGGGAGUGACCACCUGCACCACCACCUGCCAGGACCCCUGCUGCCAGGGAGUGACCACCUGCACCACCACCUGUCAGGAUCCCUGCUGCCAGGGAGUGACCACCUGCCAAAAUUCCUGUGGCCAGGGAGUGACCACUUGCCAAAGUUCUUACUGCCAAGGAGUGACCACCUGCACCACAACCUGCCAGGACCCCUGCUGCCAGGGAGUGACCUCAUGCCAAAACCAGUGUGGCCAGGGAGUGACAACCUGCGCCACCAGCUGCCAGGGAGUGACCUCGUGCCAAGACCCCUGCUGCCAGGGAGUGCCCACCACGUGCCCAGCCCCGUGCUGUGUCCCCAGCCGUGCCACCUCUCAGUCCCGUGGGGGUGUCCAGGUUGUUACCAGGUGCGCCGACUCCUGUCCCACCACCUGCGUCACCCAGACCUGCCCCGUGUGCGGCCAGCGCUGCUCCGUCUCGGGCUGCCCAAAAUUCCGGGCUCGCUGA